AUGGAGGCGGCGCUGGUGAGUGUGGCGACGGGGGCCCUGAAACCUGUCAUCGGGAAGCUGGCAACUCUGCUCGGUAACGAGUACAAGCGUUUCAAAGGUGUGCGCAAAGAGAUCGGGUCCCUCUCACAUGAGCUCAAGGCCAUGGAGGCUUUUCUCCUGCAGAUGUCAGAGGAGGAGGACCCUAGUGUGCAGGAUAAGGAGUGGAUGAAUGAGGUGCGGAAGGUCUCCUAUGGCAUGGAGGACUGCAUCGAUGACUUCAUGGAACAUCUCGGUGACAAGGACACUAAGCCGGAUGGCUUCAUGGACAAGAUCAAGCACUCACUCGGGAAGUUUCGGAAGAUGAAGAAUCGUCAUCGGAUUGGCAAUGAAAUCCAAGAUCUGAAGAAACAAAUCGUGGAGGUGGGUGAGAAAAAUGAAAGGUACAAGACUCGUCAGCCCUUCUCCAACAACAAAAAUGCAGCUGUUGACCCUAGAGCCCUUGCUAUCUUUGAACAUGCCUCAAAGCUUGUUGGAAUUGAUGAGCCAAAAGGCGAGGUAAUCAAAUUGUUGACCGAUGAGGAUGGAGUUGUGCAAACCCAGCGGGCACUGAAGGUGGUCUCCGUCGCUGGAUCUGAAGGAAUGGGCAAGACUACUCUUGCGAACCAAGUGUAUCAAGAGCUCAAAGGGCAGUUCAAGUGUCGGGCUUUCGUAUCAGUGUCACGAAACCCGGACAUGAUGAAUAUCUUGAGAACCAUUCUCAGCGAAGUUAGUAAUAAGGAU